AUGAUUAUAUAUUGGAUCAUCUUUUUGUUUUACACCAAUUUUGGUUGUGCACUUAACUACAAUGUAAUCCAACCAGACCCUGUGAUAGUUACACACCUGGGACAAAGUGUAUCUCUCACUUGCUUUUGUCAAUCUCAUUUGAUCAGAGUCUCUUGGUGCAAGCAAACUGUUGGACAGAAGCCUCUUCUCAUGGCUUCAUCAUAUUAUCACAGUGAAAAUAGUUUUUAUUCCAACAACUUUAACAAAGACUUUACUGAGACUAAACGUUUGAGUGUGAAGAGAGGAGUUGACAGCUGUAACCUGACCAUCUCCAAGACAGAGUCAGGAGACUCAGCUACAUACUACUGUGCUGCUAUGGUAGUGAGCGAAGUCACAUUUGGAGAAGGAACUGUUUUAAUUGUCAAAGAUUCAGGGUCCAGAAACAUGACUGUGCUCCAGCAAUCUGUGUCUGAGUCGGUCCAGCCAGGAGACUCUGUGACUCUGAACUGUACAAUAAAUACUGAGACCUGUGCAGGAGAACACAGUGUCUAUUGGUUCAGACAUGGCUCAGGAGAUUCCCAUCCAGGAGUCAUUUACACCCAUGGAGACAGGAGUGAUCAGUGUGAGAAGAGCCCUCAGGCUGGGUCUCCUACACAGAGCUGUGUCUACCACCUCCCCAAGAGGAACCUCAGCCUCUCUGAUGCUGGGACGUACUACUGUGCUGUGGCCUCCUGUGGAGAGAUACUGUUCGGGAACGGGACCAAGCUGGACAUCGAAGCAGGGACGCCUUUUCAACAAAGCCACUAUGGGAAUCCUCAUGCCAACACCUCAGACCAACAGCUCCACGGUGACGAUGAUGGCCUGAACUACGCUGGCCUAAAGUUCACUGACAGGAAGCCCAGGAAACAGAGGAGAGAACACAGAGAGGAAGAAACCAUCUACUCUGGUGUGAGUCAUCAAGACAGGAUUCAGAACAACCUGCCCCGGGAGGUCUUCGGGAAGGCUUGGAAGGUGCCCCGGACCUUCUCCUCCAUUCCCGCGGAGCACCCGGACCUCUGGGAAGUGUUCAGCAAGGCCCGGGCCACUUCGCUCCCGCUGCACCGACCUUAUGACUGCGGGAUUGACCUUCUCCCUAGCACAACGCCGCCCCGGAGAUGA